ACAACAACAACAACAAGAAGCUCCGACGCACGCCUCCACUUGUCCCUUCCUCUCUCUCUCUAAAACUCCCUCUCAAAGAGCUUCAGCAGCCAAACACCGAUCGUCGCCGAUUUUUCAAUUUUCAUGGGUUGUACUGUGAGAGAUAAGCAUAUUCGUACGAACCGGAGGCUCCGAUCGGUGAAACAUGAAAUUGAUCCGUGUUCAUUGUUGGACAAAGCGUCUAUAUCAAAAUCAAUACUAGAAUCGGGUCUUAUUAAGCCAUUGAAUAGCCCUAAUUCUGGUUCCAAUGAUUCGACCCAAAACCCUAGCUCUAACCCUAACCCCAGUGCUAGCCCCAAUUCCAAUUGUGACGAUAGUGGGUGGGGAUACUGCACGGAAGAUCAAUUGGAGGAGAUUUUGUUGAAAAACUUGGAGUUUUUGUAUAAUGAAGCUAUAUCUAGACUUGUUGCGUUGGGUUACAAUGAGGAUGUUGCGCUUAAAGCGAUUUUGAGAAAUGGGCAUUGCUAUGGGGGCAUGGAUGUGCUGACAAACAUUUUGCAUAACUCUUUGGCGUAUUUGAAUAGUAGUUGUGGUAGUAGCAAUGAGAACUCGGAGGAGUCCGAGCUCGUUUUUGCGGAUUUGAGGCAGUUGGAGGAGUAUUCGCUUGCGGGUAUGGUUUGUUUGUUGCAACAAGUAAGGCCUUAUUUGAGUAAAGGGGAUGCCAUGUGGUGUUUGCUUAUGAGUGAUCUUCAUGUGGGUCGGGCAACUACUAUGGAAAUUCCUGUUCUCCCAUCGUCCGGAAAUGGUGGUGGAACUGCCGUAGCUACUAAUGCUGCGGAUAUUGUAAGUAGUGGAAACCAUUCGGUUGGUGUUGUGACCCCGACGCUUUGUAGGUUUCAUAGUGGUUGGGGUUUUGGGAAUGGGGGAGGUUCCGAAUCUUCAAUUCAUGGCUUUUUCUCUUAUGGUGGUGAGAUUGCUUUGCAAAGAGAAAUUGAGUGUCCGAAAAGGUUUAAUCUUUCUCCUUCAAUGAAGUCAUUGUUGAAGAGGAAUGUUGCGCUGUUUGCAGCCGGUUUCCGAGCAAACUCGAAACAGUUUCAGACACAAUCAGAAGCUUGCCUGAAUACUUUGACAAAUAGGAGUUCCCAGGUUGGAUCAGCUGCUGAAGUUCCUGCGGAGAAAGGUGAGGAGUCCCAAAAUACAAAGAACCAGGAAGCAGUAAACUUAGUAUUGAGUAAAUUCCGUGAUCUAAAUCUCGAUGAAAACUCGGAGCUAGUGGCCGAAGAUCAGAAGGAUGAAAUGAUAGUUACUCUGAUUCACCAGAUCAAGGAGCUCGAGAAACAAGUAAAGGAGCGGAAGGAGUGGGCUCACGAAAAGGCAAUGCAAGCUGCAAGAAAACUUAGUAAUGAUCUGAGAGAGCUGAAGAUUUUAAGAAUGGAACGGGAGGAGACUCAGAGGUUGAAGAAGGGGAAACAAACUCUCGAGGAUUCGACAAUGAAGAGACUUUCAGAGAUGGAAAAUGCUCUAAGAAAAGCCAGUGGUCAAGUCGACCGGGCAAAUGCCGCUGUGAAACGUCUCGAGACUGAGAAUGCUGAAAUCAGAGCAGAAAUGGAGGCCUCUAAGUUAAGUGCUGCUGAGUCAGUCACCACCUGCUUGGAGCUUGCAAAGAGAGAGAAAAAGUGCUUGAAGAGGCUUUUGGCUUGGGAGAAACAGAAAGCUAGGUUGCAGGAGGAGAUUGAAAAUGAGAAAGAGAAGAUUACACAAUUGCAACAAACUCUCUCUCGCAUCAAGCAGUCUCAGAAAGUUGCUGAGUUAAAGUGGAGGCAGGAGCUCAAGGCUAAAGAGCUAGCGGUGGCACAAUUGGAAGAGGAAAGACGCUUGAAAGAAGCGGCUGAGGCUAGUAGCAAAAGAAAGCUUGAAGCUUUGCGCUUAAAGAUAGAGAUAGAUUUCCAGCGCCACAAGGAUGAUCUCCAAAGACUUGAGCAGGAACUGUCUCGCCUAAAAGCGUCAUCUCAAUUAACUGAGUCACAUAAUCCGUCAAAUACCCCACCUGCUGGGAACUUCGAGGGCGCAAAGCCUCAAGGAGAAACAAUUGCAAAGCUGCUUCGCGAGCUAGAUAAUCUGGAGGAUUUGUCGGAGAAAGAAAUAAACUCUGAUAGGGAAUGCAUAAUUUGUCUUAAGGACGAAGUCUCUGUUGUUUUCUUGCCAUGUGCUCAUCAAGUAAUGUGCGCAGGCUGCAGUGAGGAUUUUGGGGUAAAGCGUAAAGCUACUUGUCCCUGUUGUCGGGUUCCAGUUGAGCAGAAAAUCUGUGUUUUUGGUGCAAGUUCAUAGCUUGAGUUGAAGAAGUAUUGUGCCAGCCCCAGAGGGUAGCUUUUUUCUGGUACACUGAGUUAUACAGUUUUUUGUAUUUGCAUACAGUCAAUCGGAGAUCGUCUGCUUGAAUGUGCUUUGUGUACAUCUGCGGAAUCAGUGUAUGUAAAUAAAAAGAAAAAGGAUAUUUAUGGCCUUUGUACACAAAAACUUGGUUACUUUGGCUGUGAUCAGUCAAGUAAUCCAAAAAACACAAAGUUAAACUAAAAACCAGUCACCCAUUUUUCUAAUGUCUCAACUUCAUGAACUUUGCUUGAAGAAUUUGAUGCAUUUUGGUUGUGGUGGGUAAAAUCUGUCGUUUUGAUUCAUCGUAAGAAUGUAUAUUGUGGUGGC